AUGUCGCAGACGCAACAGACACAGCAAACGCAGCAGACGCAGCAGACAGACUCGGCCAGCUCGUCCUCGAGCUUCAGCCUGCCAUUCAUCCCACAAACCGCCGCCGCGGGAGGCAUCACCAUCACCCAGCCCCCACAGACAGCAACAUCGUACUACAAAAUCGCCCCGAGCCAGACGAUCACCUUCGCGUGGAACUUCACGGACGUCAUCGUCACCCCGACGAGCCUCACCGUCUCCGCCGUGGGUGCCAACGGCAACACUUACCCCGUAGGCCCGACCGACGGGAUCAUCCCUGGAGACGCUACGAGCGUUCUGUGGGAUAUUUAUGCGUACCAGACGAAUAACCCGAACAAGCCCCUCUCACCGACGUCGUAUACCCUGAAUAUCUGGGCCGACAACCGAGGGCCAGGAGCGGCAAGAAGGGCGGGGUACAUGUCGCCCAAUACUGGCCUGCAGUUUGCGCUGUACACUCCGCAACCGUACACGCCCCUCGCAAGUGGUUAG